AUGACGGUCUUUAUUUGCUCCCUAUUUCUCCCCAAGACGGUGCAAUUCAAUUUGCCAGGCAACUCUCGCCGUCGACACACGCUCUCGAAGCGCCAGAAGGCUUUUGAACCGCCCAAGCCUCUGCCCGUCGUUCCCACCGUCGAUGUCCAGCCAAGUCUCUUCACGCCGCGACCCGACAUCACCCCGCCUCACACCCCGGUCGACGAGCCCACUUCACCCGAUCCAUUUGCCAACGAAGAUGGCUUUCGUAUUCACUUCCCGCACAGCGACAACUCCCCCGCCGACAAGGGCUCCAAGUCCUGGGGCGGGCGUGUUGACCAGCCGAAAUCCAGGGCCAGCACGCCGCCGCCGGCCGACAUCUUCGAGAGCAGCCGCACCCUGCAAAAGGCAACCGAGAUGGGCCGUCGAGGCAUUGUUAAGCCCAGGUCUUUGAUGCGCAGUGACAGCCAUGACAAAGUCUUUGCCUCUGCCUCGUGGCGCGUUGUCAACGCUGACCAGGGCAAUGGAGGGCUUCGCAACGCCGCCAUGGCCGCCGCCCGCGAUGGAAAGCUCUCUGAUUACACUUGGGUCGGCACCUUGGGUAUGCCCACUGAUGCUCUCGAGGGUACCCAGCAGAAGCAGGAUAUUGAAGACACCUUGGCCACCGAGCACGACAUGCUGGCCGUCUUCUGCUCCGACAAGGACUUUGAUGGCCACUACAGCCACUUCUGCAAGCAGAUGCUCUGGCCCGUCUUCCACUACCAGAUCCCCGACAACCCCAAGAGCAAGGCGUACGAGGACCACUCCUGGAAAUACUACGUCAAGGUCAACCAGGCCUUUGCCGACAAGAUUGUCCAGAACUGGAAGCGAGGCGAUGUCAUCUGGAUCCACGACUAUCACCUGCUGCUCGUCCCUGGCAUGAUCCGUAAGAAGCUGCCUGAGGCCAAGAUUGGCUUCUUCUUGCACGUUGCUUUCCCCUCGUCCGAGGUCUUCCGCUGCUUGGCCGUUCGAAAGGAGCUCCUCGAGGGUAUGCUGGGAGCCAACCUCAUUGGUUUCCAGAUCCAAGAAUACACUAGGCACUUUUUGCUUACCUGCAGCCGCAUCCUCACCGUCGAAGCAACACCCGAAGGUCUGCAGCUUGAAGACCGCUUCGUUGAGGUCGUUCACAAUGCCAUUGGCAUUGACCCUGUCAGCCUAAACAAGCACCGUGAGGAAACCGAGGUGAAGAAGUGGCUUGCCGUCAUGCAAGAGCGCUACCAAGGAAAGAGGCUCAUCGUCGCACGAGACAAGCUCGACCAUGUCCGAGGAGUUAGGCAAAAGCUGUUGGCUUACGAACUAUUCCUGAAUAAGAAUCCGGAAUGGCGUGAGAACACUGUCCUGAUCCAGGUGGCGCUGUCUUCGGGCGAGCCUACUGAGCUUGAUGCUGCCGUCUCUGACAUUGUUACGCGCGUGAAUUCAUCGUGGGCAAAUCUGGCCUACCAGCCCGUCGUCUAUCUCAAGCAGGAUAUUGACUACGCCCAAUAUCUUGCCCUCCUUUCCAUCGCCGAUGCACUUAUGAUCACCAGCCAGCGUGAAGGCAUGAACCUCACCUCCCACGAAUAUCUGUUUUGCCAGGAUGGCAAGAUCUUCCCCGACAAGAAGCAUGGCUCUCUCAUUUUGUCCGAGUUUACUGGAACAUCAUCGCUCUUUGGCAAGAACGAGCUGUCGGUUAACCCUUGGGAUUACCGCCAGUGCGCCGACGCAAUCAAGCAGGCACUCGAGAUGAGCGAGGAAGAAAAGACACGCCGAUGGGAGAAGUUGUACCAGUGUGUGGUGCACCAGACUGGUUCCCACUGGUUCACUGAGUUCCUCAGCCAUUUGGACCGGUCGUACGAGGAGCAACACAAGCGCGACCAGACCUACGUACCUCGGCUCUCGAUGAGCUCGGUUUCUUCCAAAUACGCAAAUGCUCAGCGCCGACUGUUUAUUCUAGAUUACGAAGUCAGCCCACAGCGAACAUUGGAUGUGCUCAACGACCUGCUGCUGGAUGAACGAAACACUGUCUAUGUCAUGUCUGGUCGACGGCCGGAGGAGCUUGACCGAGUGUUCCGCCGCGUGCCGAACCUGGGCCUGAUUGCCGAGAACGGCUGUUUCCUCAAGGACUGCGGCAAGGAGGAGUGGGUGGAAAUGGCUGAUGCGUCUCAAAUCACCAAUUGGAAGGAAUCAGUCAAGCCCAUCAUGCAGUACUACCUCGAGAGAACUCCCGGCACGCAAAUCGAGGAGCGACGCUGCAGUCUGCUUUUCCACUACAACAACGCCGAAGAUUAUGAAUCAGCAUCUCGCCAGGCAUCCGACUGCGCUAGCCACGUCAACGAUGCCUGCGAGUCCCAGAGAGUGCAUGCCCUGGCAGUGGACGGCGCCAUCCUGGUUGAGCCUCUGGACUGGACCAAGUGCACGGCGGCGCAGCGGGUGUUUGAGCAACUCGGAGAGCACUUGAGCUCGGACGAGGCACAUGAGCAGCCUGUUGACUUCUUGAUGGUUGUCGGUGACGGCCGAGAAGACGAAAAGGUGUUUAAGUGGGCGAAUAACCUGGGAAGCCAGAAGCAAAUCAAGGACGUCAUCACAGUGAGCCUUGGCAGCCGGAACACCGAGGCCGCGGCCACCUUGACACAGGGCGUGAGCGGUGUCCUUAAUUGCCUUCAGCGACUUGCAUCAACCUCAUAA